UGCCCGAACUGGACGCAGAUCGGACUCCGGAGGCUGCUCGGUCCCCGCCCGCCGCCCGCGUUCGGGUCGUCCCCGCCGGCCGCCCGCAGCGCCGGGAGCCGCGCCCCUUUGUGCGCGCUGAGACAGCCUGUCUGAGGACUCUGGCCUUAAGGGUCCAUAUCUCAUUCCGAGGAGCAUCAUGGCCGAGCCAGACUACAUUGAAGAUGACAAUCCUGAGCUGAUUCGGCCUCAGAAACUAAUCAAUCCUGUCAAAACAUCUCGGAACCAUCAGGAUCUUCACAGAGAACUUCUCAUGAAUCAGAAAAGAGGUCUUGCCCCUCAGAAUAAACCAGAACUGCAGAAGGUAAUGGAAAAGAGAAAACGAGACCAAGUAAUAAAGCAGAAGGAAGAAGAAGCACAAAAGAAGAAAUCCGACUUGGAAAUUGAACUAUUAAAACGGCAACAGAAGCUGGAACAGCUGGAACUCGAGAAGCAGAAGUCACAAGAAGAGCAAGAGAAUGCCCCGGAGCUCGUGAAGGUCAAAGGCAAUCUCCGAAGAACAGGCCAUGAGGUCGCCCAGGCCCAGGAGUCCUAAGGGGCUGCACGGAGCCCUGGCACGGCCAGUCCGUCCGCACCCAGCCGUGUCCGUGGGACCCUCCUCAGCGCUUCCUCUCAGGACGAGCCCCUGCAAGGGCGUCCAGCCCACAGGACUCUCGCGCUGUCCGGAGGACAGGUUUGGGUUUUCCUCCCCCUGCCGUCUGGGUGGGUGAGUCGCCUGGGAUGGCUGCAGUUCCCAUUCGCCAAAUGAAGGACAUUGACCAGCACAUCCAUUGGGGUAAUGAACCUGUGUUCAGAGACUUUAAAAAAAGAAGAGGACACUGGAAUAAAUUCUUGAGGGUUGCACUGUUUGGUUUUCCUUCCAAUCCAACUUUAGUGGGGCACAGAGCCUUUUUUUUUGUUUAAAGCUAAAGAAAUUGUGUUUAAUCCUUCUUGUUAUCUGUAAGAUAGUUUAAUUUGCCUUAGUUUGCAUUUAUUCUGUUCUAGCCAAUAUCUGUGAACUCUUUUGAGAACCGAACAUUUUCUUUUUCAAUUUAUACGUCCAUCCCUGUUAGAAUUGACACCAGGGAAUGUUACUGUUGGGCCCAGCACUAGAAUUCAGAAAUAGGGUGAGAAGGUUUAAAACCAUGUGAACCAAAAUGUGUUAACAUCCGUCUCCAUCUUAUUUUCAUCCUUUUUGGUUCUCUAUAUAAUAGUAUGCUACAUGAUGAUAUUCCGGCACAGACGAGGUGCAUUGUGUAGGUCCGUUUCUUGCUUUGAGUAAUGAAAAGGGUGUUUUGUUUUGUUUUAAAAUGUCAGCGUUAGAUGAGACAUAUACUUUUAGAUGAUGUAUUCUCCUGUUCCUUUGGCAAAUAGAGACUAGUCCAUACAGCCCAACCCCGUGUCAAAAGGAGAGGGUCCAAAAUCUUUUGAUUUCUUCUGAGAGUGUAAGGAAAGUUCCCAUUGGGAGCUGGGCAAUGCGUUCUUUGUGUGUUUUAAUGUGAAGCCAGUGUCGACUCAAGGAGACUUCGUUGGAAGAUUUGUAGCAUUCAUACAUUUUGAAUAUCAUUAGAAUCCAAGGUUUGGAAGUUUCUGGUUCGUGGUCACAUGUUUCUUUGCCUGUAUUUUUUCUUUCAUCUGUUUCUCAUGGAGAAGGACUUUUCGCCAGCCUUCGUGUGGUGACACUGUUGAAGAUGUUGAUGACUACUGUAUCGUGUCUCAGGAAAAGCUGAAGUGAAGGGAGAGGCUGCCCAAGGUCCUCAUUUUAGCCAGUGCACACUUUGAAGGAAAGACCAAGUGACAGACAACAGCAAAAUCCAUUUUAUAGGGGUGAUCAGCACAGGGGGCUCUUUCAGUUGAGUGGUGCAUGGUUCAGGAUGUUCUCCAUACGGACGAGGCAGCCAGUAAUUCCUACAUUCAAGACUCUUCUUACAUCUCCUUUAAAGGCUCAUUGAAUGCUGGAUCCUGAGCUUUUGAAUCCUGAAUCAACCUAGUAGAAAUUUGCUUCCUAUGGAGAUGCUUUCAUCUUAAUGGUUGACGACUGGCUCAUGUCGAUUCCCACGGUGAACAAGAGAAAAGUAAAUGCAGUGAUACUGCUAGUUAGACGACAUGUUAGUUAAUUACACCUGAAAUGGAUUGUUUUAUCUCAUCAGCAAGUACUAUUUGGAUAAAAUAUGAGCCGCUUAAGAUAAAAUUUUGCUACGUAACAGUUUGCUCUGGAAGGAUGGAUCAGUUAAUGGUUCUCUCCGUCAUUCUUCCUUUUGAGGGAAGCCAGCGUGGUGACUGGUGCAUUUCUGACUCCACACUAACUGGAAUUUUUUUUUGUGUGUGUAUAUGGACUAACGAUGUGGUUAAGAUUCAUGCCUGGCUGAUAUCCUUUUAUCUAACUGGAUAUCAGUUGUUUAGUUCUGUACCCCAGAAGCAGUUCUGCUGCUUGAUAAAACUCUCAAGGACCCCAACAGCCUCCUUUAGAAGGACCAAUUCUGUUCCUAGAACUUACCUAGAAUUCAGUCUUUGCUGGGGGAAAGAAAUUACAAAAGCAUUUCCCUCCUAAUUUCCCACAGAAACCUGCAGAAUUAUUUGUAGUUAAAAGUACAAGGUCUGGGCAAAAGAUGACUUGUAAAUAGUGUGAAGUGAUGUUAUAUGAGUGAGCUGUGGGAGCACAGAGAAGCUGUGCAGUGGUCUGGUCAAGCAAGCUUAAGUUUAAAAAGGCAGUCAAUCCCCCUCACACCUGAAUGUACAUUCCCAUCCCCAGGACCCGAGCCCCUGAGCAGUUUUGUGCUUUGAGCCACUUUUUGACAAAACUGGCUCCAUUUUCCACUCAAUGCUUUUCUUAAAAUAGUUCAGUGUUUUAUAGUUUCCUAGUAGUGAAGUAGCAUUGCUUUUUAAGCUA